ACUGCUACGAACUGAUGGCGGUCAUAUAAGUACGAUUUAAACCAUGACAAUUGAGGAGCAGUGAGGAGAUCUGAUAGAGUCAAACCCUGUUCAGAUGUGAACGAUAGAGACGGUGCAGUAAUUGUGUCUGGUUGAGGUGAAGGUCAUUAAAUGAGACCAAUGGUUUUAGUUUCGUACUGGUUCUGAACUGGAAUAACUUCACCGCUGCAUUAUUGGAUUUCAACGUUUUAGUGCUGAAUGAUUUGGCACAAGGGAGCGCAGAAGACAAUAAUAAUAUCAAAUAAAAAACAUGAAAACACCGUUCAGACGGGACAGAGAGAAACCGCUGCAUGUGGACGCGCCGCCCUUGGUUAGGUAUAAUGUCAUUAGACUACUAGAGAUGAUAGUGACUAUUAGACGAGAUGAUAGCGCUAUGUGUGUAUGAUAUUAUUAUACAUAGACAGCAGAGUCACUAUAGAGCGCUUGUCUGCUCGUGAGUCUCAUUGAGACACAGCAGUGUGACGUGACUGAGGUUCUGAUCAAUACUGAGAACUUUAUCACUGACAGACUCCAUCAUUGACCUGAGAGAGCGAUCAAACUGCUCAUCACAGCGUUCCUGCAGCAAUAAAACAUCUCGGGUAACCUCAGGACGUGUGUUUAACACACCUUUAGGACUAUGACACCUCAUGAUCUUUCAUCUCUGCUGAAUGAACCGAUUGCUGAUGUGCAGAUAAACAGUCCUUGGAGAAUUACACCAGCUUAUCUUCUGUCAUGUGUUCAUGUGUGCUUACGAGCUUACUGUACGACUCCUGUCUCUCCUUCACCUUGACCGCAGUCUUCAUCCAUCAAAACUUGACCAGCGAGAAACCAGUCGAGAAACAUAGUUAGCGUCUCAUCUGGCCACACAGCGCUUCAGCUGCUCAAAGGUUAAUACGGCCCUGAGCACCACAGGGGAACAUGAAGCCGUACUCGUGCUGACUGGCCCCGAUCGUCACCGAAUGGAACAGUUGAGCAGAGAGAACCGUUCGGACGAUAAUGAGAAAGCAGCUAGUGAUCUGUCCAAACAUUAAACCUCUAAAACCAGCACCUGUCCGUCUCAGAUAUACAGUGAUCUGAUCUGAUCUGAGACCAGCUCACAGCAGGCCACUGAAACAUGACGAGCUGGAGCUGCUUUUGUUGGACUUCAUCCUGAAGGUUAAACAAACACACACACACAGAGUGAGAGCGAGUGUGUGUGUGGGUGUGUGUGUGGUGUGUGGUGUGUGUGAUGAGCGAGUGAGAUCUAUGAGCGCUGUGUGUUCACUGUCAUGUGUCUGCGGUCUACAGCUCCGCACUGAAGCUCCGACCCGAUCGACCAAUCAGAGCAGCAGGAGGGAUCUGAUAGUGAGAGAUGGAGGAAAAGACCAAACAGGAGGAAACGCAGCACAAAGACAGCAGUGACUUUGAAAGUCCACCUAAACAGCGUCUGACCAUCUGUUUGAUCAGCGCCGCGUUCUUCGGAUCCGUAGGAUCGUCCUUCCUGUACGGAUAUAACCUGUCUGUGGUCAACGCUCCGUCCAGAUACAUAAAGGCCUUCUACAAUAAGACAUGGAUCAACCGCUAUGAUGAGCCCAUCGGGGACGGGACGCUCACCCUGCUCUGGUCGGUCACGGUGUCCAUCUUUGCCAUCGGCGGUCUGCUGGGGGCGCUGACCGUCUCCUUCCUCAUCAAAGUCUUGGGCAGGAAAGGAACUCUUCUGGCCAAUAACGCUCUGGCUCUGAUCGCUGCGCUCCUAUUGGCUCUGGGAGAGAUGGCCGGAUCCUUUGAGAUGCUCAUCAUUGGUCGGUUUAUCAUCGGCAUGGAUUCAGGUGUGUCUCUGAGCGUGCUGCCCAUGUACCUGGGGGAGAUCUCUCCUCGGCAGCUGCGCGGCUCCAUCGGUCAGGUUCACUCCAUCUUCAUCUGUCUGGGCGUCUUCAUCGGACAGGUGCUCGGGCUGCCGGAGAUCUUCGGACAGGAGAGCAGAUGGAACUUCCUGUUCGGUUUCUUGGCACUUCCUGCCCUUCUGCAGCUGUGUGUUCUGCCAUUUCUCCCCGAGAGUCCGAGAUUCCUGCUGAUGGAGCGCCGGGACGAGGCGGGAGCAGAGAGAGCGUUCCAGGCGUUUCUGGGCCGCUCAGACGUCAGUCGUGAGCUGGAGGAGGUUCACGCCGAGGGUCGUGCUCAGAUCACACAGAGGACGGCGUCGGUGCUGGAGCUGGUCAGGAAGCGUUCGCUCCGCUGGCAGCUGAUCACGGUGAUCGUGGUCAUGAGCUGCUAUCAGCUGUGCGGCCUCAACGCCAUCUGGUAUUACACUAACGGGAUCUUCCUGGACGCAGGCUUCCAGCCGACACUGAUCCCGUACAUCACGCUCAGCACGGGGGGCAUCGAGACGCUGGCCGCUGUCGUAUCGGGUUUAGUGAUUGAGAAAGUCGGUCGGAGGCCGUUACUGAUCUUUGGUUUUUCAGCGAUGGCUGUUUUCUUCAGUCUCCUCACAGUCUUCCUACAGUAUCAGGACAGGUUCUCCUGGAUGCCGUAUCUCAGUUUCACCUCCAUUCUGCUUUUGAUCGCAUCCUUCUGCUCCGGUCCAGGCGGCAUCCCGUUCGUGUUGACGGGGGAGCUGUUUGAGCAGUCGUAUCGUCCGGCCGCGUUCAUGAUCGCAGGAACCAUCAACUGGCUCUCAAACUUCGCUGUGGGACUCCUGUUCCCCUUCAUACAGGAGGCGCUGCAGACGUUUGCGUUCCUGCUGUUUGUGGUGGUGUGUGUCUGUGGAGCAGUUUUCCUGCUGGUGGUUCUGCCGGAGACCAAGAACAAGACCUUCGUGGAGAUCAGCCAGAGUUUCUGUAAGAUCAACGGCGUCUCGGAUCAGACUCUGGAGCGAGAGGUGAAGGACGCGCUGGACACCAACGGACUCCGAUCUGCUGAAGUGGAGAUGGAGAGCUGCUUCUGAACACAGCAGAGCAUUUACAACCUCAGUGUGUGAGUGUGAGUGUGUGUGAGUGUGCGUGUGUGUGAGUGUGC